AUCAAAGCCCUGAUCUCUCCCGCCGUUCCUUCCUUCCUCGUUCACCCCAACUUCGUCCCUCCGCCACUCGUCUGCUUCGCUUCGCUUCGCUUCAACCUCAACUCCAGGUUGCGUGACUUGGAUGAAGCAACUUUGUGACCUUCACUGCCCGCCUCCAGCAAGAGGCCACAAGACCUUUUUGGUCUUGCUUUGGUCUUGCAACCAUUGAUGACCACAACAUAGCUUGUACACGCUUUUUCUCAGCUCUUUCGGAGUGUUUUGGCUCUCGAAUCAACCAUUGUCCUCGGCCAAUUUCGGCCAUUGUCCCUCCAUCAUGGCUUCCACUGCUGGCUCACCACCAGCUACCACUCCAACAUCCUCUACCGACAUCAAACCACUUCUCUCUCGUCAGCCCUCCCUCUGCGCCAAACCUGCAAUUACUCCCCCCGCCACUUCCCCCGCUCCCUCUCAACAACCACCACUUUCCUUGACCAGCAAAGAAUGGGUCAUUCCCCCACGACCAAAGCCUGGUCGCAAGCCCGCCACCGACACUCCUCCCACCAAACGCAAGGCUCAGAAUCGUGCCGCUCAACGUGCAUUCCGUGAAAGACGUGCCGCUCGCGUCGGUGAGCUUGAGGAACAGAUGAAGCAGGUCGAGGAGGAACACGAGCACGAGCAAGACGUCUUGAGAGCAACAAUCGAGAAACUCCAAGCCGAGAUCGAGCAACACAAGCUUGAUAUUGCCGCUUGGUCUGACCGAUGUCGCAAAUUAGAGUCUGAAUUGAACCACGCCAAGUCCAAGCAACCCUCCGCUCCACAACCACAUUCCCGAGAUGCUCAACCACCAAAGCAAACUGACACCGCUGUCGACGACACCACAGUGGGCUGCGGCAACUGCACAUUAGACACUCGGUGUCAAUGUAUCGAUGACGCUUUUGAUGCCAUGGGGGGAGAAGCCGCCACCCACUCUCAUCAGCAUGAGAAGAGACCUCACUCCCCGGUUCCUGACUACAGUGAGAAAAGGAUCAAGCCGGAACCAAAGGAAACCCUAGAAAUCGACUUCACCGAGCUCUAUUCUACUAAAAGCAUCCACAUGCCAAUUCGACCAGAAGAUCGCUCGCCCACCACUUCGGCCGUAGCUGACCGUUGUGGUUUCUGUUCUGACGGCACUCCAUGCAUCUGUGCUGAGAUGGCUGCCGAACAGGAACAAGCUGCUUCAGCUCCAAUCAUCCUUCCUAGGAUCAUGGACCCACACCGUCAGCUCAGUCAAUUCACCCCUCCUCCUUCUGAGGGUGAUGUUGCCAUCUCGAUAACUUCCACCGCCUCUCCAUCCGAGGGUUGUGCAUCUGGCCCUGGCACGUGUGCACAGUGUCGUGCAGACCCAAACAGCACCCUCUUUUGCAAGUCUCUAGCUGCUUCUCGUGCUCAGUCGGCCCUAGGGGGAGCAGCUGGCGGGUGCUGUGGUGGAUCAACCUCAGGCGGUGGAUGCUGUCAGAGUCGCACUCUGCCUCCUGUCCAAGCUGAUACUGUUCCUCUCCCUGCUCGGAACACUCGCUCUCGGGCUGCAGGUCAUACCAGGCUGCCAGCUCCAGCUCCAGCCCCACCAAAAGCCGGGGUCACCUUGACAUGUGCCGAUGCUUACACGACCCUAAGCAGGCAUCCUGCAUAUGAGCGUGCCAGUGGUGACAUUGCGAAAUGGUUGCCCAAGCUACAUGCUAGCGAUGCUGCACCUGCCACUGUGGGACGACCUGCAUUGGAAAUCGAUGCUGCAAAUGUCAUGGCUGUGCUGAAAGAUUUUGAUCGACGAUUCGGCCAGAACAAAUGAAGUCAAAAAUCUUGAAUGUUAAAAUUAUCAAUAAAACACAAGUCCAAGGACCGACAUUGGACAGUUUUGUUCCAAUGAAAAAAAGAGAAUCUUGUCUGCCGCGAUGAACAUGUCUGACUGGUGCCACAUCCGCCAGGUCACAAGACUUUGUCCUGCGUGCUGAGACAGUCCUCCAACAAGCACCGCGUAGUGCCCAUUUGAGCGAGAGCUAUUUACCAGCCCCUCAUCUAGGCAACAUCCCACUCGAAGUGUUUGUCUCUUUGGCGAGACAUCCUUUGAAACCAUGCCCGGGCGGUCGUGUCUCAAUCUACGAGAGACCAAAGACUGCCGCUGUGGCUGCUUUCAGGUUGAGCUUUGGCUCCCAAGAAAGCGGGAUGGACUACGACGAGAUACCUCACCAUAUCUGGGAGGGAUGAGAGGAUGAUUCAAAAAUAGAACAUGAGUUGCGAAACCUUGAAUGUAUAUAGCGGUUCUGCACAGGAUUGGUUUGGGUUGGAUGGUUCUCUUUUCUGGAGGAGAUGAGGGUUCUGUGUGCCAUGUAGUGCGUUGCACGAUUCAAUGGCCUUGGACUUGUCCAGCAAGGCAAACCAGCUGCCAUGAUCUACAACGAGGAAUACGUCAGAGGAUGUUUAAUGGUUUUAUGAGAGACAGGGUAUGAGUGUUCGGCGAGAUUAAAAGGGGUUCCAAUUUGAAUUGGAUAAUGGAUUUCCUUUAGAGUCUUGUCUAGACUCCCAUUGGGUUUGAGAGUGUCCUUCUCAGUAGAUAUGUCAAUACGAGGUUGGUUAUGGAUAGGCUAUCAAUAUGUGUACGUGUCUUAUUUCCAUUGCCGUAGAGCCGAGGUAUACAAUACAUCUCCUCAUAUAUACCUCCAACCGACAACCUAUGAAUAAAGGCACGGAUCUCUCUUGAACAAUAUC